UCUCAUGAUUGAGUGACAUUUAAUCGUUUUCUGUGCGACACACGGGACGUUAGCCGCAGACAGUAUGGCGACCCUGGACCAGAAAUCACCCAAUGUGCUUCUCCAGAGCCUCUGCUGCAGAAUCACGGGGAAAAGCGAAGCUGAAGUUGCCCACCAGUUCCAGUAUGCGGUGCGUGUCAUUGGCAGUAACUACGCCCCCACCAUCGAACGGGAUGAGUUCCUGGUAUCAGAGAAGAUCAAGAAAGAACUGCUGAAGCAGAGGAGAGAGGCAGAUGCCGCUCUGUUCUCGGAGCUGCACAGAAAACUUCAGACACAGAGCGUUCUGAAGCAUCGCUGGUCUGUUCUCUAUCUGCUGCUCAGCCUGUCCGAGGACCCUCGUAAACCGUCCGGCAGGGUUGGCAACUAUGGGGCACUGUUUGCCCAGGCCCUGCCCAGGGAUGCCCACUCCACCCCGUUCUACUGCACCCGGCCCCAAAGCCUGGCCCUGGGCUACGGCGAGAGAAGCGGGGGUCUGUCGGCCACCGUCGGCACCAGUGGCAUCUCCAGUCUGGGAGUCUACACGCUGAACGGACCCACGCCGACGCCGCAGUCGCUGCUGGCCGGUCAACUUCCUCAGUCCGCUCAGCCUCUGGGCUCUCGACUAGCCUGGGCUCUUCCCAUGAGCUGCUCUCCGUCCUCCGCUCUGGCUCCGCUCACCACCAGGCCCCUCCUCGGACCUCCGGUUCCCUCGUCCCGAGUGAUCCGUCCUCGCAGAGACGGUGACACAGGCGAGGUGAGCGAGGCGGCGCUGGUGCGGGACAUCCUGUACGUCUUCCAGGGAAUCGACGGCAAGUUCAUCAAGAUGAGUGGCCAGGAGAACUGCUACAAAAUAGACAGCAAGGUGGUGCUGUGCAAGUCCCUGAGGGACACCAGCAGCAGACUGGCCGAGCUCGGCUGGCUCCACAACAAAGUCAGGAAGUACACCGACGCCAGAAGCCUCGAUCGGGCCUUUGGGCUGGUCGGCCAGAGCUUCUGUGCGUCACUCCACCAGGAGCUGAAGGAGUACUACAGGCUCCUGUCUGUCCUCCACUCUCAGUUACAGGUAGAGGACGACCAAGGUGUGACCGUUUGCACAGAAAGCAGCCUGACUCUCCGGAGGCUGCUGGUUUGGAUGUAUGACCCCAAAUUGCGUCUCAAAACGCUGGCCGCGCUCGUUGACUACUGCCAAGGUCGAAAGGGAGGCGAGCUGGCUACGGCUGUACAUGCCUACGGGAAAACAGGCGACCCGCAGAUGAGAGCGCUGGUUCAACACAUCCUCAGCCUGGUGUCAAAUCCCAUCCUCAACUUCCUCUACAGGUGGAUCUAUGACGGAGAGCUGGAGGACACUUACCACGAGUUUUUUGUAGCAUCAGAUCCCAACGUGAAGACUGAUCGUCUGUGGCACGACAAGUACUCCCUCAGGAAGUCUAUGAUCCCCUCGUUCAUCACCAUGGACCAGGCCCGCAAGGUUCUGCUCAUUGGCAAAUCCAUCAACUUCCUGCACCAGGUUUGUCACGACAGAACACCGCCAGGCAAAAUCACGUCGGCAUCCAAGUCUGCUGACACACCUAAAGAUGCUGCAGAGCUGCUGUCCGACCUGGAGGGGGCGUUUCAGGAGAAGAUCGACGCUGCUUACUUUGACACCAGCAAAUACCUGCUGAACGUCCUCAACCGCAACUACCUGCUGCUGGAGCACCUGCAGGCCAUGAGGAGAUACUUGCUGCUGGGCCAGGGAGACUUCAUCAGACACCUCAUGGACCUGCUCAAACCAGAGUUGGUGCGUCCUGCCACCACGUUGUACCAACACAAUCUGACUGGGAUCUUAGAAACGGCCGUCAGAGCCACCAACGCCCAGUUUGACAACGCCGAGAUCCUCAAGAGGCUCGACGUGCGUCUGCUGGAGGUGUCUCCGGGCGAUACAGGCUGGGAUGUUUUCAGUCUGGACUACCAUGUGGAUGGACCCAUUGCUACGGUGUUUACAAGGGAAUGUAUGGGCCACUACCUGCGCGUAUUUAAUUUCCUGUGGAGGGCCAAGAGGAUGGAGUACACACUGACUGACAUCUGGAAGGGACAGAUGUGUAAUGCCAAGCUCCUCAAAACCAUGCCUGAGUUGUCGGGCGUGCUGCACCAGUGUCACAUCCUGGCCUCUGAGAUGGUCCACUUCAUCCACCAGAUGCAGUACUAUAUCACCUUCGAGGUGCUGGAGUGCUCCUGGGACGAGCUGUGGAACAAAGUGCAGCAGGCUCAGGACCUGGACCACAUCAUCGCUGCCCACGACGUCUUCCUCGACUCUGUCAUCUCAAGAUGCCUGCUGGACAACAACAGCAGGUCUCUUUUGAACCAGCUGAGGGCCAUUUUUGACCAGAUCAUUGAGUUUCAGAGCGCCCAGGACUCCCUCUACCGCUCUGCACUGGAGGAACUAGCCUUAAGGCUGCAGUAUGAGGAGAAGAAGCAGCAGAGAGAAGAGGAGGGUCAAUGGGGAGUGACAGCCGAACAGGAAGCGGAGGAGAAGAGGAGGAUUCAGGAGUUCCAGGAAACCAUACCAAAGAUGCGCUCCCAGCUGCGCAUUCUCACCCACUUCUACCAGAGCAUCGUCCAGCAGUUCCUGGUGUUGCUGAUGACGAGUACAGACGAGAGUCUGCGUUUCCUCAGCUUCAGACUGGACUUCAAUGAACACUACAGGGCCAGAGAGCCGAGGCUGCGAGCUUCACUUGGCACCACAAGAGGGCGACGGCCGUCAAAUAACUGACAGCAUCGACAAGCAACGCGCCCAGUCAUUGGGGAAACGGGUUAUGACUUCACAGAGACGGGCCUGCCAGCAGACUUUGAGCGUCGAGAGAUGAUGUCAUGCCUUGGUAGGAACGAUGCAGCACCGCAUCUGAACGAACGCUUCCCAGAAUCGCAGCGGUGGCGGCGGCAGUCGCCAAGUGAUGACAUUACAGCAGAAGACUCCGGCGAAAGUCAGCUGAGUGGGAUCACAAACAAAAUAAAGUCCAGUAAAUUUAACUUUUUUAAGAGCUUGUCGUGACAUAAACAGACUGAUCGGUGUUCAACGCAAAUUAUGUAAAGUCCAUUUGGGAAAAUUGUGUGGAGGUGAGAGAAUGCUGCCGAGCUGCCCGAGUCACACCGGGCCGCCUUACAUGGCAUGCCUUAUUCAUGAGGGAGUGUUUGCCAAAUUUAUCCCCAAAACACGUAAUGUAUGUACAUAGAGUUUAUGCAAAAAAUGGAUGUGAGUGUGUAUAUAUAUAUAUAUGGUAUAUGAUAUAUGCAGUCUGUCUGUACAAGUCAACAUUUAUGGCUUUGCAUCUCCUCAACCUAGGGUUCGACGGAUAUGCGUCUGAUACUGAUAUUUUUUUCAAUUUUGUAUUUGUAGCAGUAAUUAAAAUGAGGAAUCAGGAUAAUUUUACUACAAUUAUUCCACAAGAGAAAGUGCUUCUGCUGGAGUUUUCAUCUCAUUAGGGUGGUGAAAAAAAAAGUGUAUGCACAGGCAGAAAUCUUCAGCAUAUUGAAUAUUUAUAGUCAGUAUUAAUUCACCGCUAUAUCCGUCUAACUCUAGUUCACCACUCUCCUUAAAAUCCAGGGUUUUUUAGGACAUCAGGUCAGCUGUCCGAUCAGUCAUACAGAGGAUUUCUUAUCACACACACACAGAUUAUCUGUUCUACGAAACGCCCCCCAGUUAUCGACUUUGUUUACACCCUGUAUUAAUUAUCAAAGUUUGUGGAUUUGUAAGCGAGACGUGACCUUGACUAAGAACCGACCUAUGUGAAGAAUGUUAUCAAGGGUUCAUUGUGUUUUUUCACUGUGGUUUCCCUCAGUGUGUGCGCCUUCAUGUCUGUACGAGAGACGGAGCGCGCUCAAGAAAGCAAAUCCUCACAACAACCACAACAACCUCACUUCUUGUCACUGCAUAAAUAACAGCGAUAAAUAUUCUAAUAUUUCUUUAAAUGUAAAUAUUUCCAAAUCAAAAGUCCAUGUUUAGAGAAUUUAAUGGUUAUAAAUGUGAGCAUCGGCCAUUUAUUUUCUGAAACAAGUCUAUUCCCACAUUACAAAUAAGAAAACAGGAGUGUUGUAUGUAGGUUUUACACUUACAAUCGAUCCUUGUUUUAUGACCCAAAAAUAAAGAACAGUGAAGUGAAAAUUUUACCUUUGCUUUGGCUCAAACAAAAUUGAUAAUCAAAGUCUUCAUUUCUGUGGUAGGAUGUAACUAUUUGCUGGAUUUACUUCAUAUUUCACAUUCAAAUGCAUUUCGCUGGAAAAAAAAAAAAAAAGGUUUAAAAGCCAAGUAGCAUUUUAAUCAUCAUCAAGUUAUAUAACAAUUUCCAUCUCACAGCUGUGAGCAUUGAUCUCACCUUGUAUGAUUUCUGAUCCUGGGUCAGGCAAAAGAUGAUUCUACAACAAAACAAAAAAUGUAAUUAUCAGACACUGCAAAUGCAUUUCAAAAGGACAGCUUAUUAAAUUGAAAACCUUUGUAUGCCUCCUAUUCAAAUCUGGUACAUAAGAUCCCACCUUGAAAUCCACAUUUUACUAUCUAAUAACUGAGAAGUAGAUAUUAGACUUUAGUCUGUUUGUUUUGAGUUAUAAGUUGAGUUUCUCAAGCAGUGUUUGAAAAAUGUUUACUUCCACAGAUUAAACUACUUUUGUUGAUAAGUAUUUUUUUUAUGGCUCCAUGUACACAGAGUUCAGUCACAACAAUCACAUGUGUAGAGAAGCCCCUGGUUUGUUUUUUGACAUUUUUGUUUUAAUAUUUAACUGUCAGAGGAACAAAUCGGUGCUUCAUAUGGUCUCUAGACCAGUUAACUGCUUUCUGACAAUGAAUUUCCUUGGUAAACGUGUGUAAAAGAAAUGAUCUGAGCUGCAGUGAAACACCAAACUGAACCGGGGUCAGCACUUCUGCUCUGUCUGUCUGUCUUCUGCAUUGUAUAGCACAUAAUGUAUAGAAUAUAGGGAAACAAACCAUCCCGCUUCUUCUUUAAUAAAAUGUUUUGUUUUUUUCAUA